AGAUUUUUUUAAAACAUUUAUAAUACAAAUGUAUUCUUUAGAGAUUCUAAUUUGUGGUGCGAAUUGAAGUCAUCUCUGUCGAGUAUCUACCGUUGUUCUUUGUCUCUUCUUUUUUCCUGUUGUUCGGCGUGUGUGGUGAAAACACUUGUCGAAUUUAAUAGUCAAUUAAAAGUUGUGCUAAUUUUGACAAUGUUUCCUAAGCUAUUCCAAAAUACGGCGUUUUUUCCGCGUCAGAGCUCCCUGCAGAUUGAGGAGCUCAAGCGUUCUGAGGAAAACAACAACAGGAGUUUACUGAGGCGAACACGCAGUUUGAAUGCGCCAUCGCCAUUCCAGCAGUUUGGUCCAUGUGGUCGCAUAAUGAAGAACUCCGCGAUGGUUAUGCAAAUCCAGGAUCCCGCUAGCCAACGUCUGACAUGGUACAAGCCACCGCUCACUGUGUUGGUUAUCAAAAAAGUAAGCGAUGCUUCGGUUCUGGCGCCUUUUGUGCAACUCGUCACUUGGCUGCUGCAGGAGAAGAAUAUGGUCGUCUGGGUAGAAUCUGCAGUGCUGGAGGACUCACAACUCAACGAGGUGGCGCAAUUUCGAGAUAUUCGGGACAAACUGGUCACCUUCAAAGAUGGACGUGACGAUCUCACUGAUCGUAUUGAUUUUAUAGUCUGUCUCGGCGGAGACGGGACAUUACUGUACGCUUCGCUGCUUUUCCAGCAAUCGGUACCACCGGUCAUGGCGUUCCACUUGGGUUCGUUGGGCUUUCUGACACCCUUUCGCUUCGAUAGCUUCCAGGAGCAGCUCACCAGUGUCCUGGAAGGCCAUGCUGCACUUACGCUGCGCAGUCGCUUGCGCUGCGUUACGCAUCGGAAGAGUGACAAACGACAUCAAUCCAAACAUGUGGAUGCAGACCCGGAUGAUCAUUUGAAUGCCGCUCAUAAAAGCAUUUUAGUAUUAAAUGAAGUUGUUAUUGAUCGUGGACCAUCCCCGUAUUUAAGCAAUAUCGAUCUGUUUCUGGAUGGCAAGUACAUUACAUCGGUUCAGGGUGAUGGUCUCAUUGUUUCGACACCCACGGGCAGUACAGCUUAUGCAGUGGCCGCUGGUGCUUCAAUGAUACAUCCCUCUGUGCCUGCGAUUAUGGUAACGCCAAUCUGCCCACAUUCGCUGAGCUUCCGACCCAUUGUGGUACCCGCUGGUGUGGAGUUGAAGAUUUCAGUUUCGCCCGAGAGUCGCAAUACUUCCUGGGUCAGUUUUGAUGGCCGCAAUCGUCAAGAGCUCUUUCAUGGUGACAGCCUGCGAGUCACCACCUCUAUUUAUCCAAUGCCAAGUAUUUGCGCACAAGAUCAAAUAUCCGACUGGUUCGCAUCGCUGGCCGAUGGACUUCAUUGGAAUGUACGAAAGCGUCAAAAAUGCCUUGAUGAGCUGUCUGAUCUAACAGCAUCCGGAUCUGAGGACACUUUCGAUGAGUUUGAGAAUCUAAAGUUGUAUGAUGUGUAAACAUUAUUAAGGAGAUCUAUAUUUGCCAGUGUAUAAGCUUUAGUUUUAGAUAAACUGUGCAAUUGCUACAGUUAGUUUGUAAAUAUGUUGUAGUAAAAUAUAACAUUUCAAAUGUGAACUAAAUUAACA